AUGACUCUCUGCGCUGGGAUUUGUAGAAUGAAGGGGCUCCAGAUCUCAAUAAGCCUGUCCCAGCCCUUGCUUUCUCUGCGGCAGCGUUCGGACACAGUGAACACUUUGCUUCACGAGAUGAUUCAUGCUUAUUUGUUUGUAACGCAUAACUAUUUUGAUCGGGAUGAUCACGGAGAGCAAUUUCAGAAACAUAUGAAUCGCAUCAACAAGGCAGCCAAAUCACAUAUUACCGUGUAUCAUACGUUCCAUGACGAAGUCGAUUAUUGCCGAAAGUGGUGGUGGCGCUGUGAUGGCCGCUGUCGGAGCAAACCUCCUUACUAUGGGUAUGUGAAGCGAGCGGUCAAUCGACCACCGCAGGCAGCGGAUUGGUGGUUUGCGAAGCAUCAAGAAGAAUGUGGAGGGAAGUUUCACUUAGUGAAAUCCCCAGAAAAACGAAUUGACACUCUUUUUAGUAAGCAAUGCUUUGUUUUGUUGAAUACACAUUUGUCUACAGUGGGAAUAAUAAUAGUAAUAUUUAUUUUUAUUAUUAUAAUUAUUACUUGUAUAAGUGUUAAGGAUUUUGGGAAGAAUAGAAAAAAGCAGCAAAAAAUGCUCAAACUGGGGAUCGAACCCAAGACCUUCGCGUUAUUAGCACGACGCUCUAACCAGCUGAGCUAUUCGAGCACUGAUCUUGUUCCUUGUUUUUACUAUUUCAGCAUUGGGAUAUAG